UCUUCCACCUCCAUUAACUUGAUUUCGUUCGCGUUUCUGAGCUGAGGAAGAUAGAAGAAAAUUAGAAAAUUUUUUUUGCAAUAUUUAUAGUGAGUAGUGGUGAUUUAGUAAUAAUUAGCAAGCGAUUUUAAAUCAAUUGGUUAUCCAACUGAAAUUGCAAUUUUCCAAAGGAAAUAUUCAACUUCCUGAGCGGCCGAAAAAAUUUCACUACGCGACUCCCAUUUUCGUUUAGGGUCGUGCCUCGCGUAUUAAAUGCAUGUGCGAGAAAGAAAACGCCAUAGCUUGCACUCGCAAUUAGCUCGUGUGCGUGUGAACGAGAGGACAGGUGUUGAGUUUUUUUUCGUUUUUGUGUGAAUUGAAGAAAAUUUUGAGCGAAGAAAUUAAUAAUGAGAUAAUCUUUGUAUUUAUCCAAAUAUCCUACACGAAGUGAAAGAAAAGCCAAACAAAUUGAUAAUUGUUUAUAUAAUUAAUAGAAUUUUACAUUAAUGCGUUGAAGAAGUGCGUGCUAUGUGGUUAAAUAUCGAUAAGUCGCAACAGCUGAUGCACUGGUGCGUUUAAUCUUCGGUGGCAAACCCCCACGCCGGUGGGCUAAUACGCCAGCUAGCUAGCACUAAAUCACCAGAGAGUGAUUCACAAGUUUUAAGCAGGCGUAGCACCUUUCCAAAACAGCAUUAACUUACGCUAGUACAUAAAUGUGGAAUUUGUUGUUGAAAUUUUGUGUGUCUAUGAUUGGUGUGAAAGAAAGUUUCGUUUAGGAAGGCUUUUCUGCUUUCUUUUUGUUGCAUGAUUCGAAGGAUUGAUUGCUGUUGUCUGCUAGUGGAAUACACCGUGCUCGUGGUUGAGCGAAAGACGACAUUGCGGCGUCGACGAGACCACGGCCUAUACCAGGAUCAAGACGACAACGACUACCACAGAUUGGUUUCUAAACGAGCUGCGGCUGGUCAAUUGGAAAACACUUAAACAGUGUGAUCUGGAUAUAAUUGAAUGAUGGAUGCUGGCCAGCAAGAAACUAGACAGGCACAUCAACGUGCUUCCGUGAAGUGGCUUCUCGCAAAAGCGUUCAACAAUAAUGUUCCCGACAAUUUGCGUGAACCCUUCUAUACUGAUCAUGAUAAUCAGGAACGCUUAAAGCCGCAAAUUGUUGUGGAAAUGGGAAAUGCAACGCUUUACUGCCAAACAUUAUCCAAUAUAUACUCGGAUCCGAACUAUCAAAGUCUGAAUCAUUGGUCCAUAUUGCAGACAUUGUCACGUAAGGGUGUGCCAGCUGCUGAGUCACCAGAGAUGCCAUUAACCGAAACGGUGUUGAUACAAACAAAUCCUUUGAGGAUAAACGCCCACAUGUCCGUGAUUCAAUCACUAAUGACUUUGUAUGCAAAAGAAAUAACUUCAGGCGAUCGCAUAGCAAGAGCCAUUGGAAGAAUUACGGCUAAUAAUGGCCAACAAACUCUACCACAUGAUCAACCAUUUGAUCAGCUGUUGCUGCUGUGGAUUUCACAUGCGUGUUCUUCGCUGAAGAAACGCAUCGCCAGAGAGGUAGAAUUGGGCGCAACAGACGAAAAUGGUGUACGGCUGCAAGUGCCCAACAUUCCGUCAGUGCAUGAUUAUCAAAGUUUAUGUGAUGGCGUUUGUUUAGCUCUAUUUGUAUCAUAUUAUUGUCCAAAAGCGCUACCAUGGACACUUGUACGUAUUAAUUAUUUGCCAGCCGUUGAGGAUUCCAUACACAAUGUGUCUUUAGUCAGCAAUUUUUGUCAAAACCAUUUGCCAUAUAAUGUGUUCCAUAUGAAUCCUGAAGAUGUCACCUACAUGCGAAAUUCAAUGAAGCUGAAUUUGGUGGUAUUAUUGUCCGAUUUAUUUCUUCUGUUCGAAAUACAUCCGGCGAAAUGUGUUUGUUAUCCAGGCAUGGAUGCACCAGAGGUCAUCAGUAAACGUAACUUUGGCGUUAAUGCUCAUGGAAUAUGUCAUCGCAGGGGUCUUACAACGCAGCCAGUUAUACCAAUUCCUGAUCUGAGAAGCGAUUCAGACUCGAUUUAUGGCUCGCCAACAAAUCGACCUCCAUUUCAAGUUUCUUAUACGGCCACAACAAAUGUAGUGUACGGCAAUAAUUUUUCGCCAAGAAAUGAACAAAUGCAAAAUGCGGGGGUGAGAAAUUCAGAGAACGAAGCUUUUGUUGUUCAUAAGUCACGUGGCGUCACAACCCUAUCGUCGUUGCACUCACAGCAACAACAGCACCAACAGCAACAGGAGCCAUUGGUUCCCGCACGUUUACGUCAAUCGAAAGAAAAAUCAAAUAUCGAGACAAAGGCUGAUGAAAGAGGUGAAUACGUACCAGCAGGCAGACCUAGCAAUUGGGAGCAAAAUCGGCGUCCUAGCUUUGCAGGACGCCGCUCGCGCAGAAAUUCAUCCAGCGAAGAUUCUCAACUGACUAUUGAGAAUUUCGGCGGCUCUCAAGAUCAAUUGAACGCUGUGGGCCGUUUUGAGCGUGAACGUGAACGCGAGCGGGAUCGGGAGCGCAAGCUCUCAAAUGUUAGUGUUGAACCUGCGGUAGCUGUGCGCUCGUCCAUUGCAGAUGCACGCGGCACGCUGCAACUUGGCUAUGACACCGAUUCUGGUUCAGAGAAGCAGGAUCGUGAGACCGAGAAAUUUUUAAUGAAGCGGCAUGCAAGCACUGAUAAUGUCAACAUAAAUGCAUCCAAUACUCAACUGAAUAGCAUUGUAAGCACGGUGAGCAGUCCAAUGCCAUCGACACGCAGGCAGCAUAACAUUGAAAAAGACAAUCUGGAAGAGCAGCUGCAGCAGCAGCAGCAGCAGCAGCAGCAGCAAUAUGCUGAGCACAAAGACAGCAGCACGAAUGAUUAUGAACACACGCUAACCAGGCGUUCAACGCAAAGUACGGGUGCGAGCAAAGUAGAGGCUUGGAAUAAUAGUAAAAUGGAUCCCUAUGAUGAUGAUUUACGUACGCUUGAGAAUGCCUCCAAAUUGUCCAAUAUACGCAUGAAACUCGAAGAGAAACGCUUGCGCAUCGAACAGGACAAGCGACGUGUCGAAAUGGCGUUGCUACGUCACCAGGAGAAGCUCGCACGCGAGGAUUUGGAUGCCUCGUCGGAUGUGCUGAAAUGGGAAACAUUAAGUAACGAUUCAAAUCGUACACCAGAUCUUGAUCCGCUCGACUUGGAUAAGUAUCAGCAAAGUCUGGCUAUUAUGAAUAUGAAUUUGCAGGAUAUUCAACAGGAUAUACAAAAGCUAACAGUCCAACAAAACCAAAUACAAGCACAACAAUUGCAAGCGCAACAACUGAUGCACGCACAGCAUAUGGCGAACAUGUUGAAUCAGCAACCCUACGGCUCUCAGCAGCAUCUCAGCGACAAUUUCAAUCAAAUGCCAAUGCAGCAGCACAAUUUCGGCUCAACACCGCACCUUGCACAUUCCUCAUUCAAUCCGCAUGCCAAUCUCUACAAUUCACGUCCGCCCAGUCGUGAUCCCUACCAACAACAAAUGCCAUCAAUGCCAAUGCAAUACAUCAACGAACAUGGUCAAUAUGUGCCUCAGCAACAGCAGCAACAAAUGCCACCAAUGAUGCAGCAACAACAACACUACAUGCAACCACAAAAAGUGUACGCCGAUAAUAUGGUUCCUUACAAUAACCACGUCUACGGUGGUCCACCCGGCCCGCCACAAUAUGCGCCGCACCAUAAUCAAACACCUCCACAAUAUAUGAAUCGCGCUAGUAUGUAUGAUGAUUACGGACGUGAUCCCAGUUCACCACAACCGAAUCCCAUGUAUCCACAUGAAAUGUCACCACAACCUUCGCAGCCGCAACGACGCACCUGGAAUCAAUCAGUAUACGAACAACAGCAGCAGCAACAGCAACAACAGCAGUACCAGCAACCGCAGGCGCCAUUGGUGGAUGUGAAUGCUUGGCAGCAGCAGAAGCAGCGUUCCUGCUUACCGAUGGAGGGCAAUUACACCUGGAAAAAAUCCAAUCAAAUGCAGAAUAAUGGUGGACGCGAGGGUUUCGUAUUGCAUCAAAAUGACGGUGGUGGUGAGUUCCAACAUCUCUUCCGCUCCUCACCACAGCAUAUGCAACACAACAGCGAUGGUGGCGGCGGUAUCGGCGGCUUGCAGCGUCAACAUUCUGUAAGUAAUAUGCCAAUGGCAACGAAACAAGUGGCAACGACAGCGGCGUCUUCCUCCAAUUCGUCGGGUGGACAGCAGUUAUCCGACGAUAUGAUGGCACCGCAGAGUAUAUGUUUUAUCGGCGAUGAGGACGAUGUUGAGGAGCUAGAGCGUAACAUUAUCGAAUCCAUGCAGAAUACGCGAAUAUCUGAUUAUGCACACCAACAGCAACAACAGCAUUACCAACAACACGGUAGUGAUGGCAGCUACGAUGGUGGCAACGAGGUACUUGCGCAAAAGCUACACAUAACGAGCGGCAAUCUCACGUACCGCAUCCCUUCGCCGUCCAGACCCGCUGUAAAUGCCAAUAGUUUUCAGGUAACGAAAAUGGAUCCUCGUGAUGCGAAAACCGAAAAAGGCUUUUACAUAUCCUUCGAUGACAACCAACCCAAGCGUCCCAAGCCGCCCUUGCGUGCGAAACGUUCGCCAAAGAAGGAGAAAAGCAUGGAUAGCACCGACCAUCAGGUGGUCACCAGAAUGGAGCCACUCAAUCGUUCGCACAGCAUUAGCGAAGACAACAAUCCGACCUACAAUGGCGGUUCGAUGCAUGGCGGCGGUGGCGGCAGUGGCAGCGGACGGCAAUACGCUGGUAGUAAUUUGAAUGCGUUUAAGAAUGGCAACAACAUGAGCGAAAUUAAUACGGCUACAUACAAUAAAUACACGGAUGCGCCAAUACAGAUACGCCAUGAAGAACUCAAUAGCCAAAAAGCGUCAGCGCAGCCACGCUCGCCAGUGCACCAAUUUAGUGCGGCAGCGACAGCGGCAGCGGCGGCGUUGUCGUCCUCACCCACACGCAGCCAACAGAAUGCGAAUAUCGCGGGCGGCAGCAGCAGCCAGGCACAGGCGUUAGUGAUUGGCACCGAUGUGACCAACUUGGAUCGCGAAUCUAUCGAUGAAAUGGAGCGCCGCAAGGAGAAAAUUAUGCUGCAAUCAUUGCAGCGCCGCCAGCAGCAAGAAGAAGCAAAGGCGCGCAAAGAAAUCGAGGCGGCACGUAAACGCGAACUGGAGCGAGAAAAGGAAGAAGAGAAGGCGCGCAAAAAGGAAGAACAAAUGGCGCGACGAGCAGCAAUUUUAGAACAACAUCGCCUGAAGAAGGCCAUCGAGGAGGCCGAGCGAGAGGGCAAAGUACUCGAUCGCACUGACCUAACAAUGAAGCAGACAACACACAAUACAACAACGCCGCGUUUGCGACAGACGCGCAUUACGCGUCCACGUCCCAAGACCAUACACGUCGAUGAUGGUUCCGUGGAUUUGAGCGAGGCAUCGAGUAUUUCUAGUCGUAGUAAAAAAGGUUCUAGUACCAAUCUGACAGCCUAUGGUACGUUGAGCAAUUCCAACACCCUGAGACGUGAUUUAUAUAGAGGCUCGCACGAUUCUCUAACUGUGAAAGAAUCACCUGAUGAAUACCCAAGCACAAGUUCAACUCCGAUUGGGCGCAGGGGAUCAUAUAAGGCAUCAAGAGAACCAACCGUCGAUCGAGGUCGCUCACGUAUAUCUGUAGCUAAAGGAAGUAGCCUUAAUUUCCGUGGUCGCAAGUCCAAUUCGCUAAUGAAUCUGUGUGAUUCGGGAUUGGGUCGUGCCACUCCGCCACGUCGUGCGCCAUCACCUGGCAUGGCUUCAGGCAGGCAUAUGCCAUCGCCAUCUGGACCAGGCUCACUGCCACCAGGUUUGAUAACGAAACGACGCGGUUUCGAUGAUGGAUCGGGCUUACUCUCAACCAAUCUUGGCUCAAUGGAAUAUUCGGGUCCGAAACUCUACAAGCAACCAGCCGCCAAAUCCAAUCGUGGCAUCAUAUUGAAUGCCGUGGAAUAUUGUGUAUUCCCGGGUGCGGUGAAUCGUGAGGCCAAACAGAAAGUACUGGAAAAGAUUGCACGAUCCGAAGCGAAACAUUUUCUUGUGCUCUUCCGCGAUGCCGGCUGCCAAUUCCGUGCAUUGUACAGUUACGCACCCGAAACGGAUCAAGUAGCCAAAUUGUACGGUACAGGACCUAGUCAAGUGGAUGAAGUCAUGUUUGAUAAAUUCUUUAAGUAUAACUCAGGCGGCAAAUGCUUCUCACAAGUCCAUACAAAACAUCUAACGGUCACCAUCGAUGCAUUUACGAUUCACAAUUCGCUGUGGCAGGGCAAAAAAGUGCAGUUACCUAGUAAAAAAGAUAUGGCGCUUGUUAUCUAAAGUGAGUGUGUAUAUAUGCCAAAGGCAACGACGUCGUCUCGCCACCCCACUCAUGGCAAAAUGUGCGCAUGCAUUGGAAUUCAGAGCAAAGGAAUUGCAAAGUGUUGCAAGCAUCAGCAGUCAAGCAAGCAAAGCAUGCAAAACUUCAUCGUCGUAGUCAUCGUAGGCAUGGCCAGCGCCAGCGUUGUGACCGCACUGAUUAAUGUAGAUGUAAAUUGUUGGUUUGAAAGUUAUAAAUGCAUAUAAUACAUACUUAUAUAUAAAAAUACUUAUAUAAUUGAUGAAAAAGUUUGGUGGUGUGUUGCGCAUAUGCAAGGCUAAAAACGAGCAACAAAGAGAAACUAGGAGCUUAAAAGAAAGCAAAAAAAAAUAUAUAUACUUCUAACUAACAUUUACUAACUGUUAAGUUGAAAACACUUGCAGCGCAGUAAAGUUACGCAAAACGAGAGAGGGAAAGUGUGAAAGCUGUAUAAGCAAAAGCCAAUGUGUAGUUGAGAAAGCUAAAGCUAAAGCUGGAGCAACGCUAAAAGAUAUACAUACACAUACCCACAGGGAUAAAUAAGGAUAUUCAUAUAUACAUACACAUUUAUGUAUAUAAGCAUAUAUCCAUAUAUACUUGCAUAUAUACACAUACAUACUUAUAAAACAUUAUCUUUUGUAAGCAUACUUAUAAAUCAAAAAUUAUUUAAAAAUAAUCAUAUGUUCGCAAGUACGUAGUCAUCGUGUAUUGUGUAACACUUCUCUUGUCAAAGUUAUAUACUUCUUUUGCUCUUUAGCAUACAUAUACAUACUUGUAUACUAAAUACCACAUUUUACAUUCUAUUUUCUUUUUAUGCAACAACAAGCUAAAAACAAAGCAAGUGCGAAAACUAAUAGUAUUCACUGUAAACUUAUUUAAGUGAACCCUUUUUUUAAUAAUUAAUACUAUUUUAUUUUAAUUUUUUUUUUUAUAGAAUGAAUAUUUCAUAGAAAUAAUUUUGUAGAAAUAUUUAAUGGGUAUACAUAAAGGUAUACAUAAACUAAAUCUAAAAAAAAAAAAUAUAUGCAAAGUGAAGGUAUGACUUGAAGAGCAUAAUGAAUAAAUAAAAAAUAAAUAAAUGCAAGAUACGUACAUACAUACAUACAUAUGUAUAUGAUAAUGUUGGUGAUAAUGAUGAUGAUGUUCAUGCGCGCGUGCGUCAACAACCAAAUGGCAGAGAAGACGAAAUUAUUUAAAAAGUUAUGAAUUCGCAAGACAAAGUCCAAAAGUACAGUAUCAAGUAUAAAUUUUUCCUAAAAAAAAAACAAAAAUUCUUAUAUAUCUAAGUUUAAAAAGCAUUUGAGUUGGAGUUCAUUAGCAAAGCCAAUAAAAUAGAUUAUGCUGUUCAUUUUUGAGGUUAUGUGACAUUUUGCACAUCAGUGGCCAGUACCCAACUUUAAAAUAUUGCACAUGGCUUUCAAAAGUGACUCGAUUCAAAAUUUGUCAUUUUUGAAAUUAUGUGCUAAAAAGGUUCUGAGACCUUUAUAAAUCUGGAGUACAAUUUGUUGUAAUUUGUUGAAAACUCCUAACGUGCGUCACCCCAAAGAGAAAUAUUUUCGAAAACCCAGCUGCGGUCAUUAUAUAACUUUAGACGCAUAGCAUUGCUUUUAUUGCUUCCGUUGCGAUUUUUGAAAAUUCCAAAGUUUUUUUUUGCAAUUUAGAGCGCAACUAAGUUUCUUUGUCUGGUGGUUUAAUGCUUUAUUUAUAGAGUUUGUAAAUCAAUUAUUUGUCUUUUCAUGCAACAUUUCGAACACCUUUUUAGACCUAUUAAACAAAUUUUAAUCUUGUAUUUUUGUUAUUUACUCGAAACAUAAUUUUCGAAAGCUUCCAAUCAAUGUAUUAAAACUUCAAUCUUAGUAGUAGUUCGAGCAAAAAAAAAAUUAUAAUUGAAGCUUAAUAGUUCAUAAAAUUUUGCUGUUCCAUUUCGUUUUAACUCUAUUUACAAGGUUUCGUAGAAAACAAUUUAUAAAAAUGCCCAAAAAUGUUUUAAAAAA